ACAAGUGAAUGCAUAAAGAUUCAGCCCACUGAUAUCCAACCUGACAUAUUCAGCUACUUGCUUCAUAUAAUGUACACUGGCAAAGGACCUAAACAGAUGGUCAGUCAUACGCGACUAGAAGAAGGCAUCCGUUUCCUGCAUGCUGACUAUCUUUCUCGCAUGGCAAUUGAAAUGAACCAGAUGCUUUCUCCAGAGGUUGUGCAGUCUUCAAACCUUUAUGGGAUUCAGAUCUCAACCACACAUAAGGCUGUGAAGGAGAAUCUCCAAGCAAAGGAAAACUUAACCAAUAUUGGUAGUAGACCCGCUAAUCAGGGAGAUCAUCCUCAGCUCCAGCUAUCUCUGGCAAUUGGGUUGGAUGAUGGGUCUUUGGACCAGCAGGUUUCCCAUCCUUCUACCAAGACCGCUGGGAAACCACCAGAGGAGGCUACAAAUCCACCUGUGACUAUAAAACAAGAGAAGACUGACGCAGAGCCAGUUGUGUCUCAGAGUCACACAUCAUCCUCCCCAAAUCUCAGGAGUCCAGCCUUUUCCAAAGAAAACCUCAAAGUUCAUUUAUGCCAGUACUGUGGGGAACAUUUUGAAUCCAGGAACAAUUUAUGUGAACACCUGUUUACUCAUGUGUCAGGAUCAUUGCCCUUCAGGGUUCCCACCUCCAUCCUGGAAAGCAAUAACCUUAGCCAACUGCAGCCACUCAGUGAAAACUGUGAAGCUACUGAAAGCCACCGACUCAGUUCCUUCCUUCAGAAAGAAAAUGAGCACUACUCAGAAUAUCCCAGCCACCCCAACCUAGAAGCACUGCCAAUUGGCCAGCUGUCACUGGUGUCCAAGGAUACAGAACCUGUGGAAUUAAACUGUAAUUUUUCCUUUUCACGGAAAAGAAAGAUCAGCUGCACUAUUUGUGGUCACAAAUUUCUCCGAAAAAACCAGCUUCUUGAACACAUGUAUACGCACAAAGGUAAACACUUCAAAUUUGCCCGAUACCAGCGGGUUGGCAACACGGCAGCUGUCAAGUUUCAGCCAUAUGGUGACAAUUGGAUCCCAAGUGUGGUGAAAAGCGGCACUCUCUCACAAGCUCAGGUGGAGUCACAAAACGCAUUGGAUCCUGACCUCUCUCAAGAGAGCAUUGAUACUAUACUUGUGGAAUAGUUCUCUCCUUUCCAUUCUCUUUGAUCUGCAAGUUUGUAGCCUGGGCAUUCAUGCGUUCAGCCCUAUUGUAUGAAUCCUGCUGAAAGAGUUUUUUGUUCUUCUGAAACACAGCAUGGCAGACACCCUGUUGUAUGUUCCUAGUUGGUGGGUCAGCUGUUUUCCAGAAUAUCCCAGUAAUGUAUGCCUUGAAGAAUGCAUUUGGAAAAAGCAUAUGAUAUAGCCAGAACUUUGUAUAUAAAAUAUGUAAAAUAUUUUGUACAUAAAAUAUUGCUGGGAAAUACAAUCAGAGCCACCAAAAGAGUAAAGGCUUCACAUGCAGGAACUUUUAGGUUCAGACUUAUUGCUGGAACUUAAAAGACCAUGAAAUGCUAUUCUCUGUCAACCUAAAGCUGUUUGUUUGCGGUACAUGUUCUGCUCAGACCACUGUUGUGGAAGAUAUGAUAGUCACAGAUAUUUUUAGUGAUAUCCAUAUAAUGCUGGCAUGACGCCUGUAGAGCUUUCCAUGAUACAUCAGGUUGGGAGGACAAUAAAAGGAAAUUGCAGUACUCAUAAAAGAAAAUGUUUAUUGUAAAUCAUAUUUAAAUUAAAUAUGUUUUAAAUUAAUAUUCUGUUUAAUGUUCUUCAGUUUAAAGAAGUGUGUCACUGAUCAGUUUACUAGUUAUGGAAUUCGAUUAAAUAAUUACAAGUACUGUAAAAUAAAAUUUCUGUUCAGUUGCACUAUUUCCUUUGCCAGGCUAGAAAUUGUUACACACUGACAUGUAAUUUUAAUAAAAUGACUUUGUUAUGA